GUUCCAGCAUCUGUCCACCAGGGGGCGGAGCCCGGGAGAGUUUCCACAAAUCCAGUCCGCCAUCCACUCUGUUCUCCCGCACCAUGAGCUGAAUCUGUCCGGGACAGACCUGGGAAGAUGGCGGCCACUGACCAGUCCCGGUCCGAAGCUGCCAAACAGCGACGGCAGGAUCAGCUCCAACGAUGGCUGGGCUCGGAGACCGACCAGACGGACUCGGAAGCCCGGCACACGGCGGACGGCUCGGGGAGUCGUCGGGCGAGGGUCCGCUUCGCUCAGGGUGCCGUGUUUAUGGCCGCCUGCUCCGCCGGGGACCGGGAAGAGGUGGCGGCUCUGCUCCGGCAGGGAGCUGACAUCAACCACGCCAACAUUGACGGCCUGACAGCGCUCCACCAGGCCUGCAUUGACGAGAAUGCUGAGAUGGUGCAGUUUCUGGUGGAGAGCGGAAGCAACGUCAACAUAGGCGACAAUGAGGGCUGGAACCCCCUGCACGCUGCGGCAUCCUGUGGCUUCAUCCCAAUCGCAAAAUACUUGAUAGAACACGGCGCACACGUCGGCGCUGUGAACAGCGAAGGGGACCUUCCUUUGGAUGUGGCCACGGAGGACGCAAUGGAGAGAAUGCUCAAAAGCGAAAUCAAAAAGCAAGGAAUCGAUGUGGACCUGGCUCGGAAGGAGGAAGAGAGGAUCAUGCUCCAGGACGCCAUGGCGGUGCUUGAAGGAGGCGGCACUCUGACGCCUCACCCGAAUACCAAGGCAACAGCUCUGCACGUCACGGCUGCCAAGGGAUACAUUGAAGUUCUAAAGGUGCUGUUACAAUGCGCCGUGGAUGUGGACAGUCGGGACAUCGACGGUUGGACGCCCCUGCAUGCAGGAGCUCACUGGGGGCAGAAGGAGGUGUGCACGCUGCUUGCGGACCACAUGUGUGAUAUGACCGCCAUCAACAAUGUGGGCCAAACACCUUUAGAUGUUGCAGACGAGAACCUAGUGGACACUCUGGAGGAGCUGCAGAAGAAGCAGAAUGCUUUACGUACCGAGAAAGAGAAACAGACUCCUGUCAUCGAGACCAGCCUGCAAAUCGCCACAGUACCAGUUCGCACACGAAGGACUUCUAUUUCGCGCAUGAGCAGUAAGGAAAAAAUCUGCCUCCAUGAGCGGGAGAAGCACCCACCGCCUGCCCUGCAGAACAGCCCGGCCGAGGACGAGGAGGACGAGGGCCAGACCGCACGGAGUCAGUCUCAAAGUCAGCCCAAAGCCUCAAGCAGCUCCAGCUCGGAGGAGGAGAGCGAAUCGGAGAGUGAUGCCGAGUCUGAGAAAGCCAAAAACCGAGAGAUCAUAAACAACUUGAACAACAAACGCAACACCAGCAGCCUCUUUCCUACCUCCAUCCCAGCGAGCACUGCUGCAAGCCAGGUUAAAAAGGAAGCAGGCAAACCCCCAGUGACCGAGGCACCAGGCUCAUGGAGGACAUCACUGCGGAAGGCAGGCAGCUCAGUGACUCUGGGCUCAGCAGGACUGUCCGACUCCAGCCCAGACCAGAACAAGCCAACUGAGUCGAGCCUGGGGAUGACCCGCUCCGCCUCGAGUCCACGUCUCAGCUCUGAAGCCGACCCCAAGGAGCCAAGACUUGCUCGGGUGCCUCCCAUUCCCACUCGGAGGCUUUUCAGUAUUCCAGACAGCAACUCUGACAACUCCAACAGUUGGCUAAGUCGUAGCUCGUCCUACACACGCCGCUUUCACAGCCAAUCAGGGAAUGACUUCACUAGCUCCCACCCGUCUUUGUCUCACAGCUCUUCCUACGGAAAGAGACUGGAUGCUGCCAACGUGAACUCCGGUAGCACAGGAACAUGCUCAUCUGGACUCAGUCGACUUAACAGUGCCUUGGCACAGAGACUUCCUCAAGAGCAAACCGGGAAGGAUCAGUCACCAUCGCUCACGAGCACAACCCCUCCUGAAUCGGAGGCAAAACAGAGGCGCAAGUCUUACUUGACACCCGUUCGGGAUGAGGAGGCAGAAGCACAGAGGAAAGCUCGCUCGCGGCACGCACGGCAGUCCCGUCGUUCCACUCAGGGGGUGACGCUGACAGAUCUGCAGGAGGCUGAGAAGACCAUGAAGACCAUGAAGCUUGACAACAAAGCCAGAGAAAAGAAGGAAGAGGACGAGAAGGAGAAAGAAUCAAAGUCUAAGAAGGGAGAUGAAGGGGAAGUGAGCUGGAGGUCUCGGAUAGCCAGCCUGCAGAAGUCCGACCUGCUGGGUCUCACGCAGCCGGCUGGCACCCCGCGGCCUCACCCCGCUGGCAGGAGAGUCGCUGAGGCCAGCGUUGGGGAGAGCGAGACUGAGCGAUGGGCCCAGGAGCGCAGGGAGAGGAGACAAGCGCGAGCUAGGAGAAAGGCUCAGAGGAGCGGGGAGCUCGAUGACGAUCCCAGCGGAGAGGAAGAGUUCUCAGGCAGCCGACUGGAUUCACAGUCAGACCUGCACUUGGGUUCCAGGUCCAGUGCGCCAUGUAAUGAGGGAGGAGAGAGCAAAGAUUUCAAAAAGCUGUUUGAGGAGGUGACCAGAGAAAACAGCCAGCUUCAGACUCAGCUGCAGGACACACAGAGGGUGGUCAGUAAGACCAGGCUGGACCUAGAGAAGGCCACGCAGAGACAGGAGCGCUUUACUGACUGUUCAGCGCUGCUGGAUCUGGAAAGAAAGGACCGAAGGAUGCUGGAGCGGCGUAUGGCUGAGCUUGAGGAGGAGCUGAAGGUCCUGGUUGACCUGAGAGCAGACAACCAGCGUCUCAAAGAUGAGAACGGAGCGCUGAUCCGUGUCAUCAGCAAACUCUCCAAGUAGAAGGAGACACACAAAGCAGGGACGCCCUCCUCCUCCUCCUCCUCCUCCUCCUCCUCAUCCAUCCCGCAGCACACAUUCCUCCAAAUGCCAAAGAGCGAGAGGAGGGGGCAGCAAAAAUAUCCCGCGUCUACGUUGCAGCUUGACUUGGAUGGUGACGCCUCUCCAACAGCUGGAGUGGCUAAUGUGUGCCAUGUUGUUUACAACAUGAAGUGUGAAGAAGCCCACUUUUACCACGGGUGUGCAUCGGGGUCGAGCAUGCACACCAAAUACAUCUUUGACACAGGACCUGUUUUUUUUUGGGUCUUCAAUCUCCCACUUGGUAUUUAAUUUUUUGGAACACUUUUGCAACACACGUCGUUUUCCUCAAUGGCCGCCCUGAGCUGGAAAGCGUUUUAAGAUUUGUUUCCACGCGCAAGUGUUUGAACGCACCUACCUCUCCACCUAUGCACCCCCUAUACUCCCAUAUAUACAUCUUAUUGUUGUGACCACACAUACAUACACUCCAUGCUUUUUAGAAUAAAAGGCCACAGCUGCAAGUCCCGGCACUUUACUCUCUGCAAAGCAAUUGAAAAUAUGUCAAAGGAGCCUGAUCAGAAUGUUCUUUACUGCUGCUUGUCUGAAAGUAAGCAGCGGGAGAGGCUGAAGGUGAAAGGUCAUGCACACGUUUUUAAAGUUGAUCUUCGGUCGAAGUCUAUGAAGCUAUGAAUGCUUUUUUUUUUUUAUCGUGGAUAAAAAAAAUAGAAAUGUCAUAGUUUUUCAAUGUAAAUUCCUCUCUUGCAAGAGAGCACGGCUAUGUAUAUUACUUGUGUAUAAAUAUUAGUCUGAUAAUACCCUUUUUCCCAAGUUAAUGUAGCCUACCUUCACUCGUUGGUUUUCUAAUAUAUUAAAUUGAUGUCUUCACCCUGAA